GCUCUGUCUGAGGAUGCUGGCUGCUGUCUCUCCUCCUCCAUCUCCAUGAGGAUGCUGGAGCACGCAGAGGCGGACGGAGGCGAGCGCAUCGGGCCGCUUGAAACCACCCAUAUCUCACCGGCUACCCAUUACCGUCACUUUUCCAAACUUACAAGAACUAUGGGAGUCGAUGCUGAAUAAUCUGGGCAGACUUGUUCUGUAUGCCGCCCUUCCUUCUACUCGUCAGCUGCAUCAAGCUGUUGCUUUGGGAAAAGUCGAGACGACUCCCACUCUAAGGGCAUCGGAUACGGGCAUCACUCCACGAUGCGUCCUCUCUCUCCCUGACUCCUCCUAACACAGCGGAUGCUGCCUGCCUCAUUAAUAUUUUAUCAGCACCUGGUAUCACAGCAGCAGCUCGCCUCUUCUGAUGGAGAAAGCGCAAUCUCUACAAGCACAGCCUGGAUCCAAGGCGCCAGAAAGUCCAGCAGAAGACAUCUCCAACCUUACGGAUGAAGAGCUCCUCCAAUGGAGCAAAGAGGAGCUGGUGCAGCGGCUCCGAAAAUCUGAAGCCGAUAAAAAGAGCGCCAUUCUGGAUCACAGUAAUCUGAUUCGGGAGGUGAACCGCAGCCUCCAGCUGCAUCUGAACGAGAUCCGGGGGCUGAAGGAGGUAAACCAGAAGCUGCAGGACGACAAUCGGGAACUGCGAGACCUGUGCUGUUUCCUGGAUGAUGACCGGCAAAAGGGUAAGCGAGUGUCGCGUGAGUGGCAGCGUCUGGGUCGCUUCAGUGCCAGCGUUAUGCGUAAGGAGGUGGCACUGUACCUUCAGAAGCUAACAGAACUGGAGCACAAGCAGGAGGAGGUCAUUCGGGAGAACCUGGAGCUUAGGGAACUUUGUCUGCUGAUAGAUGAGGAGAAAGGAGGCAGUGGAGGGGAAGGAGGCCAAGGUGGGACGGGGUCCAUUGGAUGUCGCAAUUCCAUUGACAGCCAGAGUGGGCUUCUGGUACCUGGCUUGAUGCGGGACGUGGGGGACGGAAGCAGCACUUCUAGCAAAGGAAGUGCCGACAGCUCUGAACAUCCACACCACAAGCAGCCACAGCCGCCGUCUAGUGGAGGAACUGGGAAUAAAAGCCCGGAGAUUCAGAAGUCUCGUCCUGGGAAAGGAGGGGAAGGAGAUCGGGGGGAGAUCUCCAGCCCUGACCCUCCUGUCCGACACAGAAGCACCAGCCUGGAGUAUCCCUUCGUACUGCCCCAGCCCUGCCGACCACGCUGUGGUUCCAUAUCUGUGCCUGACCAUCGAUUGAUUAGAGGGCUGAGUCCAGAAAAGUACGGUCGAUCCCUGGGCCACCGGAGUCCAGAGACUCAUCCAAAGCACCAUCUGGCUCCAGGACAGCCCAUGAGUCCUGAGCUCUACAUCCAGAGGCACAGGGGCAGCUUAGGCAGUGGGCCUGGGAGUCCAGAAGCUAGACACGUGCUGCUAGGAGCGUUAGAGCUCCACCAUGACAAAAGCAAGCUGGGAGGAAGUAGUCCUGAGAUGUUGAGGCACCAGUACAGCAUGAGCCCUGAACAUGGGAAGUUUGGCAGCCCUGGUAGAGAGACGUCACCGCGGAGACUGGCAGGAGACGAGCUGUCGCCACACCAUCGGAGUCUUUACAAUGGCAUGAAUGCUUUGAUAUCAGCAGGAUGUUGCAGCAACAACUGCAGGAAUGUGAAGCUCUGGGACAGUUUUGACGGCUCUUCUUGACCACGCCGUUGCUUGGAGGUUUGGGUUGGCACAGGGACCCCUGGAGCCCCACUCUCAUCAGGCAGAUAUUCCAUCCCUUCACCUUGUACACGAUGGGCCAAGCAGUCAUGCCCCAUUUCAGUUGUCAUAACAGCAGUUCGCUUUGUGGACCCUCUGGUGCAAUCAUUUCAAAGGGGACUAGAGCGAGAUGCAGUAUGUUCUCCCCAACCGUCGGGAUGAAAGAAGACGCUUGCACAAACCACAGAAACAGACACACCCACACACAGCUAUGAGAAUCUAAAUGUUUCCUGUGGUUAGAGAUGUUUAACAGUACUGCAUUUGGGUAAUCAAACACUUGAGCCGUCCCUUUCUCUAUAUCGGUGUUUCUCUGUAUCAUGUUGAGUAGCAAUAGGACACAUGAAACAAAAUGCUGUGGCUUCUCUGAAGGUGCUUCCCUGCCCUUGAUGUUUAUUUAUGCAGUUUCUUUUCAACCAAAGCUAAUUGAAAUAUCUCUAUCGUUCAUUUUUCAUCCAGGCAUCUAUGAUGGAGUAUCAGUAUCAUGCUUGCUAGUUUUUCCAUAUCUUGGAUUGUUUUUUACAUGACUGACACCAGUGCAAGGUGUUUGUGUACGGUUUAUGAACACCAACGAAAGCAGUACAUGUUGUCAGUGACUGAAUAACCUCAUCAGUGUUUUCACUGAUUCUGUGUGUGUAUGUGUGUGUUUAUUGGCUUUAUUAUUCCUUCCCUCCAAGCUCCUGUAUAUAAGCUAAUGAGGUGUUUCUUCAUGUUGUUUUAUAUACAGAAAUACAGCAUAGUACAUAUAGUAAAUUAAUGGAUUAGUUUUAUAUGCAUAUAA